AUGGCGUUCUCUAGAUGGCCCUCGUGUUUGGUGGUUCUUCUGCUCAUCGCUAGCUCGUGCCAAGCUCAACAAGUGAUUCGGCUUGGGUUCCUCCUACCGUAUCCUGAUGGCGACUCCGCCGUUCCGCAACGACUCGCCGACGAAUGGAUCUCCGCCGUCCGUGUGGCUCUGGAGGUGCUGGGACCCCAGUACGAGAACAACUUCGUCGUCGAGCCGUUCGUCCAAAACUCCGCAUGCGACGCCGAAGUUGCCGCUCAGGCUGCACAGCGGCUAGUCUACACGAACGUGGUCGGCGUAGUGGGUCCGGCGUGCUCCGAGGCCGUGAAGGGUGCGAACCCCGUGCUCAAGGCGGCCGGAAUUCCGUUUGUCUCCUUCGCCGCCACUGCCGACGGCUUCUCCAGCGACGUCGAGUACCCCACCUUCUUCCGCACUGUCUUCCCCGACGCGGACCAAGCGGUCGCCAUUAAAUCCGUCGUAAGUCACCUUGGCCAUCAACCAUUCCCAACUUUCCACCAUCCGGUCCCUUUCAUUUCUUCCAUUCCGCCCCUUGCAUUCCGAACCUUACACUCGCCCCUUCCUCUCUGCCCCUUCCUCUCCGCCCCUUCCACUCCGCAGCUUCCUCUUCGCUGUUUUCUCUCCGCCCCUUCCUCUCCGCCUCUUUCUCUCCGCCAUCUGUCGACUCCAACUCUUCCCGUUCUUCUGCUCUCUCUUCGUUUACGGCUACGCACUUCCCAUUUCACCCCUCUUGGUGAUAUCUCUCAUCCCUCUUAUCCACUCUUUCUCCCUCCGUUUCUGCUGCCUCGUGCUGUUCCCCGUGCGUUCCUCCAGAUCGAGCACUUCAACUUCGACCAGAUUCACCUCUUCUAUUCGGACGAGAUUUACGGCACCUCGCUCGCUAAGGGCAUCAGGAACAUCUUGGGCGGCCAGCGCGUGCUGCAGCCGAUCAAGGUGUCGUACCCCGUCGACCCCACGGCUCUCGACCAGCACUUCGCCAACAUGAAGCCCAGCAACGCGUCCAACAUCUUGGGCGGGCAGCGCGUGCUGCAGCCGAUCAAGGUGUCGUACCCCGUGGACCCCUCGGCCCUCGACCAGCACUUCGCCAACAUGAAGCCCAGCAACGCGUCCGUCUGCGUCUUCGCCACGCUGCCCAACGUCGCGGAGGCCCUGUGGGAGACGGCGUUCCGGCUGGGCCAGACCAAGUUCCCGUACUGGUACCUGGGAGCUGAUGGCGCCGUUGCAUUUGACCUCGUUGGUGAAGGCAAGGACCUAUCCAACCUCACACACGCCUUGCAGGGAGAGAUUGGCGUCGGGCCUUACAAGGGCAACUACCAUCCGCGCACGUCGCCCUUCAACCAGUUCAAGGACUUCUGGGCCACCAAGACCCACGAGGAGUACCCUGGCCUGCUCACGCUCGACGCCUCCCCCCGGUUCACCGAAGCCCGAGCCUACGUCACCAACCUGAUUGACUCCAUCUGGGCAUUCUUUGAAGCUUUCAAGUCGAUUGUCGUUGACCAAGGCAAGGAGGUAACGGCGCCGCUCCUGCUGAACUGCUUCCGAGGCAUCCCCUCGCAGUGUGUGGCGUUCAACGGCGCCUCUGGCACCGUCUCGUUCAACAGCACCACAGGGGAGAGGCAGACGGAGGCCUCUGCGCCCCAAUACGGGUUCUACAACCUCAUUGACGUCACCUGGAAGGAGAAGAGCAAGUGGGUGCUUGGCAGCUACGACAUCAACCCCAACCUGGACUACAUUGAGCGCCCGGGCCCACUGCCGCCCACUUGGAAGGUGGAUCUCAUGAAGCAGAUGGCCGCCCAGCCUGCCAUCAUCCCGGGCGGCAUCAACAAGCCGCAGGAGAUUUCAGACACUUUUGAUGACCUGCCCGGUGCCAAGGAGAAGGUGAGGAGGGGGAGAGAGGGAAAGGCAGACACAUGGGAGUGUGAAGUGACCGUAUGGGGAGAGAAGGAUUACAAUACCACCACUGCCAAGGCGCCUGCACCCUCUGGUGGUGGCGGCGGGCCGAGCACGGGUGCCAUUGUUGCUCUCGUGCUGGUCAUUAUCGUCGCCAUUGGAGUGCUCGGAUACGGUGGAUGGUAUUGGUACAACCGCAACUACCGCCACCCCGAGCACCAGACGUUUGUUCGCAUGCUUUAG